AUGCACUCGUACAGUGGCAAGCUUUCAGCGGGGACCUUUGUCGGACACAUAGUACCCGGCUUUGCUCUCACCCUCCUUGAUUUAUGGCACACCGUCAACACUAUCAGAUCCUAUUUUCUCAAAGGCCCUAAUAACUUUACGAUAAGGUUUUGGUACCCAUUCAAUUCCCCACUUUCGAAACUCAAACACUUGGAGCUCAUUUUUAUCUUAUAUUUCUCUGUAUUGGCAAUUCUGAUGCAAGUUAUAGACUUCCCUUUUCUUCAAUUCUCUUUCAAGCUCCAUAACUUGGAGCAUGCAACCAUGUUCCUCCACCUCAUCGUAUUUGCAGCCUUUAUGCUUUGUGCUGAGUUGAUUCAUUCAUUUCACACCCUAUCCGUCGUUGGAAUACUAGUAGCCUCUGUUUUUUGCCAAGAGCUUUUCCUACUCUAUUUCCACUCAGCCGACCAUGUUGGGCUUGAAGGGCAUUACCACUGGUUGUUGCAGCUCAUUGUGUUUGCUUCCGUCAUGGCAGCUGUAACAGCAACUUGUUUCCGAACCAAUCUUCCUGCAGCACUUGUUCUUUCGAUUUCAGUUGUUUUUCAAGGUUGCUGGUUUAUGAACAUGGGAUUCAUGCUACGGGUUUCUAGGUUUGCUCCGAAGGGUUGCGCUGUCCAUUUUGUUGAGGGUAACGGUGAUAGCAUGCUUGGAGCGGUAACUUGUGGGACAAGUAAGGCUGAUUUUAGGGCACGAGCAUUGGCAAACUUGCAAUUUAGUUGGAUACUUUGUGGGAUUUUGAUAUUCACAGGAUGCACAUGCCUGAAAUUUGCAGGCAAAUGCAUUCCAAGGGAGGUGUCAAUAGAGUAUGAGCAACUCCAGAGUAGAGGAGCAGAUGUCCCUAUAGCCAUAAAUGAUUUCAAGGAAGUACGUCCUUAGAAAACUUGGUAGUUAUUUGGGGCAAGCCUUCCUUUCGGGAACAUGAUAAGUCGAGGGUUCGAUCCCUUCCGAUUUAUAGUUAUGUGAUCAAUAAUUUGUUAAAAUGAGGCUGGAUCGAGGAUCGUUUUGAUAUUUCUUUUACUGUAACAAAUGCUUAUCUAACAAUUUUGCCUUUUAGAUUGAACAAAUCAAAGUAAGAUGAAGGAACAAAAGCAAACAAAGGCUUGUAUAAUAGAACAAUGGUGUGCUGAAAUCAUUUCCCAUUGCUUAUGGAGAAAACCGAAAAGGUGACGAUGAACGCUCAAAGCAAUUCCACCCCCUAAGACUUUGCGCCAGCACCCAGCGCAUUUAUCCACUCAAGUGAACAGUAAU